AUAUAAUAAUUUUGACGUGUUUUUGACACAAAUAUAACCUCAAACAGAUGUUGAAUUGUAAAUAAAAAUUAUUCAUAAGUUUUCUUGUUUAAGACAAAGUGAAACUUGCUUAAAACAUGGAAGUAUCCGUGGAACAAGUUUACACGUCUGUAGCUUGCAACCGCACACCUGAAAUAGUAGAUUGGAAUAGCAAUGGGGUUAUUUGUUAUGGUGCGUCAAAUGCUGUUGUUAUUUACAAUCCGGAACUAAGAGGCAAAGAUAUUUUAGUCCUUAGUCACCACACUUCAAAUGUUAACGCUGUUAAGUGGCUAAAUAAGCCAUACGCAGCAUGCACAGAAUUCUUAUCUUGUUCUGCUGACAAGACUGCUGCAGUAUGGACCUUUGAGAAAAGCUGGCAAGUUACUAGUAAACUUGAAGGACACACAGAGGGAGUUACAUGUGUGUUUGGGAUGUACACAAAUGAAAACAAUUUAAUUAUUUAUACUGGAUCAAUUGAUUCUACCAUAAAAAUUUGGGAAAGAAUCGAUGGUGAAACAUCACUCAAGCAAACCAUUAAUCUCCACUCUGGUCUAUGCCUGACAUUACAUGCUCAUAUACUACCCUCAGUGGAAGAGCCUCUCCUUUUCUGUGCCCUCGAUGACCACAAGAUACACAUCUAUGCAAGCGAUAAUAAAGAAUACCACAAAGUACACUCUUUAGUUGGACAUGAAGACUGGGUGAGGGGAAUGGAUGUAUUAAAUGUUGAGAACAAUGCAAUACUACUAGCCUCCUGCUCACAAGACACAUACAUCAGACUGUGGCGGAUACAGCCCCACACUGUGCACACACCCACUUCAGAGAUUCGCGUGGAAGAGAAACUGUUCCAUGCACACAACCAAGACUGGUCUGUGAAACUAGACGCAGUGUUGGCUGGACAUGAAGGCUGGGUGUAUGGUGUCCAGUGGCAUCCAUAUGAUUUCUACAAAAAGGUGCCAGUGUAUCGGCUGCUAUCCUCCUCUCUAGACAAGACGCUGAUCGUGUGGGAACCAGAAGAGGAGGGCGGGGGCGUGUGGGUGGAGCGCGUGAGAGUAGGGGAGGUGGGGGGUAACGCGCUCGGCUUCUACGGAAGCCGGUUCGGACCUAAAGGGGAUAGUUUCUUGGGACAUGGAUAUAAUGGAUCGUUUCACAUCUGGUCGUCAAAUAAGGAGUCAGGAGCAUGGGAAUCCCAGGUGGUAUGUGGAGGCCACUUUGGUUGCGUGGAGGACGUGAAGUGGGAGCCGACAUUAGGCCGCUACCUCAUCAGCGUGUCCGCCGACCAGACUGCACGCUUGCACGCGCCAUGGAAACGAGAGGACCUCGCACCAGAAUGGCACGAGAUCGCGCGUCCACAAGUCCACGGCUACGACCUGGCGGCUGUGGCUCCCGUCAGCAGCACGACCUUCGCCUCCGCUGCUGAGGAGAAGGUCAUCCGGGUCUUUAAGGCGCCGCAGAACUUCCUGCUCAACUUCAAGAGCCUGGUCGGCGAGGACCUGGUGGAAGGCAGCGAAGGCGCGGCCCCCGAAGGCGCGACUCAGCCGUCACUAGGGCUGUCCAACAAGGCCGUGUUCAGCGACGAGGAGCCCGCGGGCGACGAAGAGAGACACUUCACGCCCGUCACACUCACUAAGCCGCCCACGGAAGAGACGUUAAUGCAAAACACGCUCUGGCCCGAAGUCCAAAAGCUAUACGGCCACGGCUACGAGGUGUUCGCGCUGGAAGCCAGCGCNGCCAGCGCCGACGGCCGCCUGCUGGCCUCGGCCUGCAAGGCCACCACCAAGGAACACGCCUCCGUGCUGAUCUGGGACACAUCAAACUGGCAGAAGCUCCAAGUGCUCGUCUCCCAUCAGCUCACUGUGACCCAACUUGCCUUCUCGCCGGACAGCCAACGACUUCUCUCAGUGUCGCGCGACCGAAGGUGGACCCUGUACGAGCGGUCGAAAGACACAAAUUUGUUUGGCAUCGCCGCCGGCACGGACAAGACGAACGGAAUACACUCUAGAAUAAUUUGGUGCUGUGCGUGGGGACAUGAUAGCGAAGUGUUCGCGACCGGAUCGAGGGAAGGAAAGAUAUGCGUCUGGUCGAAAAUAGAAGCGGCUCAGAAGUCGUCCCUAAACGACUACGCGUUAUACAACCAACACCGGGAGCCGAACCAGGCGGUGACGGCGCUGGCGUUCGCGCCACUGAUCCUGCGGGAAUGCCGAGUGCUUGCAGCAGGACUCGAAUCAGGAGUUGUCAAGUUGUAUAGUUUUGCGGAGCUGGAAUGGACGCCGCUUUAUGAAAUGAACAACAAUAUUCUGGACUACGCCAGGAGUUCAAGGCCUACGCUAAAAGACCUAGACCUGCCUAAAACCGGCGCGGGUGCCUGA